GUCAUUUUGACCAGCGUUAUUGAUCACGUCCACCACUUGCUUCACGACAUGACAAUUGAAAUUCAAAACAGCAGCGAAAAAGCCCCUCAGAAUAUCACCGAGAACAUAAACGAGGGGAAGAAGAUAAUUGAGACUAUUAGUCGUUUGAAAUAUGAGAUGGCUAGAGAUUACCCUCUUGAGAAAGUGCCCGAGGAUGGCGAUAUGUAUGUUGCUGAAUACAACGCAGACCUAGAGCGGUUGGCUCAGAGCUCGCGGAACACUUGGUUCACCGCACCCUGGUUAUUUGCUGAAUGCCACCUUUAUCGACUACUGCGUUCAUACUUCAAUCAGACGAAGCAUUGGCGCGGGUUUGAUCCUUUCUUCGCUCAAAAGAAUGAGACAUUCAAGAACAGUGGAGCUGCAGUAUUUCAGAUCGCUUCCACUAUGGAUCAGAUCGAAAAAGAGAAGGACAUUCUGAAGAAUGAUCCGGAGAAGCUGCAAGCUCUCUACCGGGAAAUGAUCCAGAUGUGCCUUUGGGGGAAUGCGACUGACCUGUCCCUCCUCACUCACAUGUCCCAUGAGGAUAUUGAACGACUGCAGACAGUGGGUAAGGAGGCACAGCAGGCGCGAAAGGAGUUCAUUCUGCUCGAUAAUCAGGAUGAGGCUUGGGAACAUAUCAGCAAACUCAAAGGUGGACGUUGCGAUAUAGUUUUGGACAAUUCCGGAUUUGAGCUUUUUACCGAUUUCGUCCUCGCCGACUUCUUUGUUACUUACACGCCAUACUUUUCCAAGAUCAUCUUCCACCCGAAGCUUAUGCCAUGGUUUGUGUCCGACGUAAAUCCCGCCGAUUUUGACGAGACUAUCAAGUCCAUGGAGGCGGACGCGUUCUUUGCACAUGCACCAUCUUUAGAGGCGAAGGAGAAUCUUGCACGUAUGGUUUCUCGUUGGAAGAAGUACAUUGAAGAUGGGACAUUUACCCUGGCUACAAGGAUGAGAGAUAGUAACGAAGACUUCAUCCAAAUGACUAAGUAUUGGACUGCACCUUGGCCCUACUGGAACAUGGAAGCGCAAGGGCCCAAGGCUUGGGACUGGCUAUCGAAGAGUGAGCUCGUCAUUUUCAAGGGCGAUCUGAACUACCGAAAGCUCACUGGAGAUACGCAAUGGCCCGUGUCAACGCCUUUCAAAGAUGCUAUUGGACCUCUCGCCGGAUCAUUCCCCAUCCUAAGUCUCCGGACGAACAAGGCGGAUGUUGCGGUAGGUGUUUCAGAAGAGGUUGCAAGGGCACUGGACGAGAAGGGCGAACGCUGGAGGGUCAGCGGAAAGUAUGCCUUGGUUAGUUUCCUGGGACGGGACUGAAAUUGGCGACUGUCCCUCCCAUGGAGGUGUAUGUUCCUAGAAGCUGUAAUUGCAAACUCAAUGGUAUGUUUUGCUAUGAUACUGC